GGUAACCCUGUGCGUGGCAAGAAGGGAAGGGCACAGAGCUCGGUUUUUGAGCUCUAAAUUUCUAACCUUUCACAUUCUCUCUUCUUCUAUUUUCUUCCUUUCUUUCCAACUCCACAACACUCAAACCCCAAACCCUAGCACACCUCAAGCGUUGAUCAGAUGGCCACCAAACGAAUCAACAAGGAAUUGAAGGACCUGCAGAAAGAUCCUCCUGCAUCCUGCAGUGCUGGUCCAGUGGCUGAUGACAUGUUCCAUUGGCAAGCUACAAUUAUGGGCCCUGCUGAUAGCCCAUUUGCUGGAGGUGUAUUUCUUGUGUCAAUUCACUUCCCUCCUGAUUAUCCUUUCAAACCACCCAAGGUUUCAUUCCGGACAAAGGUUUUCCAUCCUAAUAUCAACAGUAAUGGUAGUAUCUGCCUAGACAUUCUCAAAGAGCAGUGGAGCCCUGCCCUCACAAUAUCCAAGGUCCUUUUGUCUAUAUGUUCUCUGCUGACAGAUCCCAACCCAGAUGAUCCUCUGGUGCCUGAGAUUGCUCAUAUGUACAAAACUGAUAGACCCAAGUAUGAGGCCACUGCCCGGUCAUGGACUCAAAAAUAUGCCAUGGGCUAAGUCAUUGCUUCAUCUGCUACUUCAUAUUUUUAUUGUUCUCUUCCGUAGUUAAUUUCCUUACUUUCUACACUCUAGUAAAUAAAUAGUGUUGAAUUGAUUUUAAACAAGUAUGAUAUGUAUGUACUCUGUUCUAUGCAAGUCCUUUGAACUUUAAAAUUUAAAAAAGGAAGUUUCAGAUGCA